AUGGCAAUUAAGCUUGCACUUGUAGUCACACUCCUUCUAGUCGCAUGCGCUGUUUCCAAGGGGAGAUCCCUUAGAUUUCCGACAAAACAACUCGAUCGUUAUAGUUUUCCUCCUGGUUUUAGUUUUGGUGUUGGUUCUUCAGCAUAUCAGUAUGAAGGUGCAGUCGCAGAAGGAGGGAGGACACCCAGCAUUUGGGACAACUUCACACAUGCAUAUCCAGAGAGGACGAAUAUGGAAAAUGGAGAUAUAGCCGUUGAUUUUUAUCAUCGAUAUAAGGAUGAUAUCAAGUUGAUCAAGGAAAUGAAUAUGGAUACUUUUAGAUUUUCCAUCUCUUGGUCAAGAAUAUUACCAAGUGGAAAACUAAGAGAUGGGGUAAACAACGAAGGAAUUCAAUUCUACAAUUAUCUCAUUAACGAAAUUAUUAAGAACGGAAUAAAACCUUUUGUAACUAUCUACCAUUGGGAUAUCCCUCAAGCUCUAGAUGAUGAGUACGGUGGAUUCUUGAGCCCUCGAAUCAUUGAUGAUUUCCGAGACUUUGCAAGAGUGUGCUUCCAAGAAUUCGGUGAUAAGGUUGAUAUGUGGAUAACGUUCAACGAGCCAUAUAUAUAUAGUGUUGCGGGUUAUGACAAGGGUAAUAAAGCAAUGGGUCGUUGCUCAAAAUGGGUUAACAGCCUAUGUGUGGCUGGUGAUUCAAGCACCGAACCUUAUUUAGUCUCUCAUUAUCUUCUUUUAGCUCAUGCUGCAGCUGUUGAAGAGUUCAGAAACUGUAACAAGAUCUCACAAGAUGGUAAGAUAGGCAUAGUACUAUCACCUUUUUGGGUUGAACCUUAUGACGUUGAAUCCCUUGCUGAUAAAGAAGCAGUUGAACGAGCUCUUGAUUACUAUCUUGGCUGGCAUCUUGAUCCUCUAAUCUUUGGAGACUAUCCAAAAACACUUCGAAAAAACGCUGGAAAUAGAUUGCCUUCUUUCACCCAAAAACAAUCUGAAAUUAUUAAAAACUCGUUUGAUUUUAUUGGAGUAAAUUACUACAGUGCUCGAUAUGUCACAUGGCAACUUCACAAUGAUCCUUCACGGCUUCGUUUCACCACCGAUCAACACGUCGAGUACAAAUUUACAAAUCGUAGUGGGGAUUACAUAUCUUCAGAAUCGGAUGAACUAAAAUUGGUCUAUGUAUACCCCGAAGGCAUUCGAAAACUUCUAAAUUAUAUUAAAAAUAAAUACAACAAUCCAAUCAUCUACAUAACUGAAAACGGAUAUGAUGACUACGAUGUUGGGACAAAGCCACGUGAACAACUGUUGAAGGACACGAAGAGGAUCGAGUACCAUGAGAAACAUCUUCAAGAACUCCGUAAAGCCAUCACUGUGGAUGGGUGUGACGUUAGAGGCUAUUCCACAUGGUCAUUGUUGGAUAAUUUCGAAUGGGAACGCGGAUACACGAUGAGGUUUGGUCUAUACUACGUUGAUUAUGCAGAUGAUCUAAAAAGAUUUGCUAAAGAUUCAGCCCAGUGGUUCAAAAACUUCCUCGAGAGAAGGGAUCAACCGUCACCUAUGAAACUGUUCAAUAGUAUACAAAAAUGGUGGUCUGUGCUGUAUAACUAUUCUUUGGAGGAAUGAUGAAUCCGAAUCUUGAGAAUAGAAUAACUGAGUCCCUGUUCUAUGGGAAAUGAUAGAAAGAGAUACAUGUUUGCACGUACGCAAUCUGUUUUUACGAGGUUCAUUUGUAAUUUUUUUUUUUGGAUCAGUACCCCUAGAACAGCAAAUAGUAGAACUUCUAUAAAUUAAUACUCGAUAAAUUAAUA